AUGAGAGCUGUCGAUCCAGGAGAGGGCGGGGCCACGCUCCAGCGCGACUAUAUAAGACGAGGACAAAGGCGGCCUGCCUCCUGUGUCAUCCGCCAUCUUGUGCGAAGCAAAGUGGCCUCCACGUUUCCUGAGCGGCUUCUUCGAUUUUGCCUCGACCGCCCUUUGAGUACGGUCAUGUCGCGGGACCGGUUCCGGAGUCGCGGCCCGGGCCUAGGCGGGCCCGGCGGCCACCCCAAGCCGCCGCACCGGGGCGUCGGCGAGCCCCGGGGGGGUCGCCAGCACCACAUUCCCUACCACCAGCAGCACCACCAGGGGCCCCCGCCCGGCGGGCCAGGCGGCCGCAGCGAGGAGAAGAUCUCCGACUCCGAGGGCUUUAAAGCCAACCUCUCUCUGUUGAGGAGACCUGGAGAGAAAACGUACACGCAGCGCUGUCGGCUGUUUGUGGGGAACCUGCCCGCUGAUAUCACGGAGGAUGAAUUCAAAAGACUAUUUGCUAAAUACGGAGAACCAGGAGAAGUUUUUAUCAACAAAGGCAAAGGAUUCGGCUUUAUUAAACUUGAAUCUAGGGCAUUGGCUGAAAUCGCCAAAGCUGAGCUUGACGAUACCCCUAUGAGGGGUAGACAACUUCGAGUUCGCUUUGCUACACAUGCUGCUGCCCUUUCAGUUCGUAAUCUUUCACCUUACGUUUCCAACGAACUCUUGGAAGAGGCGUUUAGUCAGUUUGGGCCUAUUGAAAGGGCCGUAGUGAUUGUGGAUGACCGUGGAAGAUCAACAGGGAAAGGCAUCGUUGAGUUUGCUUCUAAACCAGCAGCCAGAAAAGCAUUUGAAAGAUGCAGUGAAGGUGUUUUCUUACUGACCACAACUCCUCGUCCAGUCAUUGUGGAACCACUUGAACAACUAGAUGAUGAAGAUGGUCUUCCUGAAAAGCUUGCACAAAAGAACCCAAUGUAUCAAAAGGAGAGAGAAACACCACCUCGCUUUGCCCAGCAUGGCACAUUUGAAUAUGAAUAUUCCCAGCGCUGGAAGUCCUUGGAUGAAAUGGAAAAACAGCAGAGGGAACAAGUUGAGAAAAACAUGAAAGAUGCAAAGGACAAAUUAGAAAGUGAAAUGGAAGAUGCCUAUCAUGAGCAUCAGGCAAAUCUUUUGCGCCAAGAUCUGAUGAGACGCCAGGAGGAAUUAAGACGCAUGGAGGAACUUCACAAUCAAGAAAUGCAGAAGCGCAAAGAAAUGCAAUUGAGGCAAGAGGAAGAACGCCGUCGGAGGGAAGAAGAGAUGAUGAUUCGCCAACGUGAGAUGGAAGAACAAAUGAGACGCCAAAGAGAGGAAAGCUACAGCCGUAUGGGCUACAUGGAUCCAAGAGAAAGAGACAUGAGAAUGGGUGGUGGAGGAGCCAUGAAUAUGGGAGAUCCCUAUGGUUCAGGCGGCCAGAAAUUUCCACCUUUAGGUGGUGGAGGUGGCAUAGGUUAUGAAACCAAUCCUGGAGUUCCCCCAGCAACCAUGAGUGGCUCCAUGAUGGGAAGUGACAUGCGUACUGAGCGCUUUGGGCAGGGAGGUGCGGGGCCUGUGGGUGGACAGGGUCCUAGAGGAAUGGGGCCUGGAACUCCAGCAGGAUAUGGUCGAGGGAGAGAAGAGUAUGAAGGCCCAAACAAAAAGCCCCGCUUUUAGAUGUGACAUCUAGGCUUUCAUUCCAGUUUGUUUUGUCUUCUUGUUUAGAUAGCAACCUUUUAAAUUCUUGCAUUUUAGUAAGAAAGCUACCUUUUUAUGGAUGUUAGCAGUUUAUUGACCUAAUAUUUGUAAAUGGUCUGUUUAGGCAGGUUAAAAUUAUGUAAUGCAGUGUUUAAGACAGGAGAAAUUUUUUCCUUUUUUUAAAACUGUAUAAUGUCCCUCAAGUUAUGGCAGUGUACCUUGUGCCACUGAAUUUCCAAAGUGUACCAAUUUUUUUUUACUGUGCUUCAAAUAAAUAGAAAAAGUAGUUAAAAUACCCAUCUUCAACUUUGCCAUUCAUGCUUUUGUGCACAUUAGGCUAGGUAGGUAUUCCACUUUGAAAGCAUGAGAGUUUCUAGCCCUUGAAAUGGCGAUGCCAUUACUGGGAAAUGUAUGUGGAAGGCAAAGUACUGCUUUCUAUGAAUAACUCCCCUUGUUUUAAAAAGAAAAUACAUUUGGAAGCUGUUUCAUGAUUUGAUUUGUCUGGCGUUGUAGGAAGCAAGCUGGUGCGCUAAUAAGUAUUUUCAAAUGGUUAAAUGGUCUGAACUGUAAAUCUUCACUUAGUUAAGUGUGUUAAAGAUUAUGGAGCGGGUGUGGGAACCAUUACAGGGGGGAUAAGUGGGUUUGGCUAAAUGGAUCUUUUAUGACCCAAUUAUCUUGAAAGUUUCUGAAGAAAAAAAAUGGAAAGAUCAUUCUGUUGCAUUCCCCCAUUCUUAGUUUUAAAGAAACAAAUUCCCAAGCCCUCCAAACGGCUUGUAAUGAACUUUUACAUUUGAAUUAAAGAUGAUCAAACAUGAA